GCUAACCUAGUUAUGGGUUUUUGGGCUUAGGCGGCUUGUUGCGGACGGUUGAAAAAGCAUUGCCGCGGACCUCGGACAAGACUUCAAAGCCAUCAUAUACCCCCUCUUUCUUCACCUCGAUGGGCAUGUCGAUCGCAUGUGCGCAUCGCUAAUUCUUCUUCCCAUACAAUGACAUUUCGAACUUUGACAGUCCGAGCUGGUGCCUCAGCUAACGUUGCAAGUCGGAGCUCACCAAGAAUCUUCAACAUGGUCCAGCAAUCAAAGAUUCUGAGCUCCUCGCUCGGUGCACGACAGCUUUCAUCCGAGGCCACCAAUAUCCGAGAGAAGAGAAACGAUGAUCCAAAUGAUGUAGUUUUCGAGAGCAAGUAUGGUCUACGAACCGUCAUGCUCAACCGGCCGAAGAAGCUCAACUCACUCAAUGCCUCGAUGAUCCGAAAGAUUGUGCCCCGACUAAUCGAAUGGGAAAAGUCUGAUCUCGCCAACGUUGUCGUUAUGAAGGGUGCUGGUGAAAAGGCCCUUUGCGCUGGAGGUGACGUCGCUGCGCUCGCCAAGCUCAACUCGGAGAGUGAGGACGGUUGGCAGAAGUCGGCACAAUACUUCGCCCUCGAAUAUAAGCUGGACCACUACAUUGCGACAUACAAGAAGCCCUAUAUCGCUUUCAUGGAUGGUAUCACUAUGGGAGGUGGUGUUGGUUUGAGUACCCAUGCUCCUUUCAGAAUCGCGACCGAGAAGACUGUCUUUGCGAUGCCCGAGACUACAAUUGGAUUCUUCCCCGAUGUCGGCGCUUCGUUCUUCCUUCCUCGAAUGAACGGAUCUGUCGGGACUUACCUCGCGCUUACUAGCGAGCGACUCACUGGUCCCAACGUCUUCUACUCGGGUAUUGCCACCCACUACCUGCAUUCAACCAGCUUGCCUGAUCUAGAGGCACGCCUAGCCGAACUACGGUUCCGGGACAGCGACGGUUUGCCUGAACGACUGGCACUCAUCAACCAAACUCUUGAAGAAUUCUGUACCGGUCUGCCAUAUGACCAGCCCAUAACCUUGAGCGGCGAAAUUCGCCAGGCAAUCGACCGAUGCUUUAACAAGCACACCAUCAGUGAGAUCAUUGCUGCCUUGCAGGCCGAGCGGGGUCCAACUGAGGAGUGGGCGCAGAAGCAGCUCAAGACUUUACACAAGCGAUCACCUACAGCUGUGCAUGUGGCUCUUCGCCAGAUGCGUAUAGGUGGUGAGUGGGAUAUCGCUGAAACGUUUAAGAGGGAGCACCAGAUUGCCACCAAGUUCAUGCAGCAUCCCGACUUCACCGAGGGUGUAUCAGCACUGCUCAUCCGAAAGGAGGCGCCCAAGUGGCAGCCUGAGUCCCUCGAGGCGAUUGGAGGCACAAACGUGGCCAAGCCCUUUUUUGAGUACGACUCCAAUAAUGAACUAGCCCUUUUCACCGAUCGCACAUUCAAGGAAUACCCUCACCGGGAACUUGGUGUGCCAUCCGAGAAAGAGAUCGAGCAGGUUCUGUCAAGCGGCACAUAUACCCAGGAGCAGCUGGCCAACAAAAUCGUGUCCUCGCGCAACGGUCGCCAAGGCAUCGCUGAGGUCGCCGGAGAGAUUAUCGCUCGCAAGACGGCAGUGGAUGACCAAGGCAAAGCUGUUUGGAUGGCGGAUGAGUCGCUCCCUGGAAGCCGACUAUAAUUCCUCGCGUGCUACCAAUGCUUGAAUAAAAUGUAAAAAUAGAUGCCACUACGAGAUGUAAAUUAUGUAGUGCGUGUGCUGAUAGAUGAAUUGUGAUGAUAUCAAGCGAUAAGAGAAAUGUGCUUCAAAAUAGAUGAUGCUUUUGUCCUCCCACAUGGAGUCACAAUACCGCUCAUGAAGUCUAGAAUGAUCAUGGCGAAAGUGGCGACCGAAAGACUUGAAGUGGGGUUGGGAUGAAAACAACAAGAAUUAUUUUGGUGAGAGGUGAAACGAUGGCUGAAAAGUCUCAUUUUGUAGCGACUUUGUUUAGGGACAUGACCAAUGACCAAAGAGGGGCAGAUGCAGGUAGUGGAGGGCCAGGUGGGCGGGUAUGUAAGCCUAAGAAGAAACACCAACUCAUGUUUUCCAGACAGGGCUAAUAAAAGGAUGGAUAGAUACAGACAGGAGAGAUAGAAACAAACGAAAUGCGGAGAUAAGGGAACAGGACCAGCAAGAGGAUCCAGUUAGCAAACUGUCUCAUGUAGGCAGGCACCCGAUAGAGUCUAUUAGAUGACCUCAGGCAGAGG